AUGCAACGUACUCAGCAGAUUGAGCAGCGCAAGCGUGAGAAGCGGGAGCGCAAGGCUCGUGGACUAAGGAAUGCUAGUUCUAGUGGCAGCAGCUCGUCAAGCGAGACGCUUUCCUUGUCUGAUCCACCUACCCCGCCCAAUGAAGCCGCCCCUUUGACUGUGGCGGAUGAAGCAGAGAGACUAUCUACAUCGCACACACCCCCUAUACCUGCUUCUACGACGCUUGCUUACCGCAAGGUCGUGAUGCGGCGAUCACAUUCUAAUAUGGUGGACUCUCGUAUACGUGGCGCUGACUUGUAUGUUGUCCGACUGCUGCAGGAUACACAUUCUAAGGCGAAGAUGAAGGAGCAGCGUCGUCGACAACGCGGGCAGACUUCUGUGUCAGAUACUGCUUCAAAUGUGAGACCACAAUAUGCUGACAGUCGUCCAUGCUGGCGCUGUCUGGAAUGGAUGUACUGGGCAGGAAUCAAGCGGGUAUUCUGGACGGAUACGGAUGGUGCAUGGCACGGUGAUAAGGUCGUUCAACUCCUAUUUGGUUCCGCCAAUCCUAAUGGCCUUGCGUCCAUGACGUCGUCGGCAGUCUAUGUUCCUGUUCAUCUUACACAAUAUGAGCACGCUGCCGCGAAGUUGCGGAUCAAGACGUCGUCUCAGCGCUCAUGCAUGGAUGACAAUGAUACCUUUCUCAUGUAA